GGAGGUUAUCGAGAAGGUUCUCGCUGAGCCGAUACGGCUUCAUUUGGUUGUGGCUAAUAUUGGAACUGGGUCUCGUAUGACAUUUGCAAGCAUUUAUAAAAAAAAAUUGGGGUCCAGUGUUCCAUUCAUCAUUUCUACUUCAAGUGGAAUUUUUGGAAGAGAUGCUCUUACCCAUGAAUUCAAAGAGGUUAGGUGGGGAGAGGUUUGUGGUGAUGGAAGUGAUGAAGAUUGCUCUAUACCAGCAAAGGAUGUGACCUAUGACAUCCUUUUGACUGUUGGCUUUGUGCCAGGAUUGAAAGUUGAUGCCAUCCUGCUAUUACGAACAAUAAAGGUGCCAAAUUUUACAUUUCUGUUACACUUUUCUUUGAUAUGCUUUCUUGGGGAAUAUUUACAUUUCCUUGAACAUUAUCCUGAUGCAUCAAAUUUUGUUUCUGUUACAGAUAUGAAACUGUUCAUGUGAUGAAGGUACUACAAAUGUGUCCAUCUUUGCAUUAAAUCACCGGAUUCGUUUAGUUUAAUGGUCAAAUUAUUAAUUCAGACAUUUGCUAACUGUUUGAUCUGUUUUUGGAUUGUUGUGUGCUAUGGAAUUGUGUAAUAUGUUGGAUGUUGAGAUGGCAUUUAGAAACGCAUGCUUCAAUCU